UCUAAUAUUUUUCAUAGGUGAAAAAGAAGACAGCCCCCUCACUUCCGAUUCUUCCCCCUUACCAAACACAAUUUCUCUCCUUCUUUCCAAUUUUCUUCAAAAAUACAGAGAGAAGAAAAAGAGCAUAAUUACGUUGUGGAAGGCAGACAGAGAGAGAGAGAGAGAGAGAGAGAGCCAGGAAUUUUCUGGAAUCUUUAAUCAAUCUUUUUUUUUUUUUGGCUUCAGUUCACAGAAGAGUGUUUUCCAAGUUUUUUGUUUCUUGUUUUUUUUUUUUCCUUUUUGCUCCUUGAUUCGGUCAACGGCCAAUAUGUGUGUGAUUUUGGAGGUCCGUUUCAGACUGAAUUGAUGGCUCCACGAUUCGUCAUGGGGAAGAUUGAUACGAUUUGGGGGAUUUAGCUCGUUUAAUCUGAAGGAGCUAGGGAAAAAGAAGAACAAAAACAAAGAAAGGAAAAUGAUGGAGCGAUUAAUCUCCGUCACUUUAUGGUUGAUUUUGGUGUUGGAUUUGGCUUUCAGAGUCGCGGGAAAUGCGGAAGGUGAUGCUUUGAAUGCAUUGAAGACCAAUUUAGCUGACCCUAAUAAUGUGUUGCAAAGUUGGGAUGCAACCCUUGUUAAUCCUUGCACAUGGUUUCAUGUUACAUGUAAUAGUGAAAAUAGUGUAACAAGAGUUGAUCUUGGAAAUGCAAAUCUAUCUGGUCAAUUGGUUUCACAGCUUGGGCAGCUUACCAAUUUGCAGUAUUUGGAGCUUUAUAGUAAUAACAUAACUGGGAUAAUCCCGGAGGAGCUUGGAAAUUUGACAAACCUGGUGAGCUUGGAUCUUUACUUGAAUGGUUUAAACGGGCACAUUCCAACUACUCUGGGCAAGCUUACAAGACUGCGUUUCCUGCGUCUCAACAACAACAGUUUGUCAGGACAAAUUCCUAUGUCCUUAACUACUGUUAACUCACUGCAAGUACUGGAUCUUUCAAACAAUCUGCUAGUAGGAGAUGUUCCAGUCAAUGGUUCCUUUUCAUUAUUCACUCCUAUCAGUUUUGCUAAUAAUCUACUCAAUAAUCCUCCACCUGCUCCACCGCCUCCUAUCUCACCUACGACUCCAACUCCAUCAGGUAAUAGUGCCACUGGUGCUAUUGCUGGAGGAGUUGCUGCUGGUGCUGCCCUGUUGUUUGCUGCUCCUGCAAUUGUACUUGCUUGGUGGCGAAGAAGGAAACCACAAGAUCAUUUCUUUGAUGUACCUGCUGAGGAGGACCCAGAAGUUCAUUUGGGACAACUUAAAAGGUUUUCUUUGCGUGAACUACAAGUGGCAACGGAUAAUUUUAGCAACAAAAGCAUUCUGGGUAGAGGUGGUUUUGGUAAAGUUUAUAAAGGUCGCUUAGCUGAUGGUUCUCUAGUGGCAGUAAAAAGACUGAAAGAAGAGCGUACUCAAGGUGGAGAGCUGCAGUUCCAAACAGAAGUAGAAAUGAUAAGUAUGGCUGUGCAUCGGAAUCUACUACGCCUCCGUGGCUUUUGCAUGACGCCUACAGAACGGCUGCUAGUCUAUCCCUAUAUGGUUAAUGGUAGUGUUGCAUCCUGUUUAAGAGAGCGUCUGGAGUCUCAAGCACCGCUUGAUUGGGCUAUAAGGAAACGGAUUGCAUUGGGAGCUGCAAGGGGGCUUUCAUAUUUGCAUGAUCAUUGUGACCCUAAGAUUAUACACCGUGAUGUGAAGGCUGCAAAUAUAUUGUUGGAUGAGGAAUUUGAAGCAGUUGUUGGAGACUUUGGGCUGGCCAAACUGAUGGAUUACAAAGAUACUCAUGUCACAACUGCUGUUCGUGGCACUAUUGGUCAUAUAGCCCCUGAGUACCUAUCAACUGGAAAGUCAUCAGAGAAAACUGAUGUUUUUGGGUACGGUGUUAUGCUUCUUGAACUCAUUACAGGACAGAGGGCUUUUGAUCUUGCUCGGCUGGCAAAUGAUGAUGAUGUCAUGUUACUUGAUUGGGUAAAAGGGCUUCUGAAAGACAGGAGGUUGGAAACGCUGGUUGAUGCUGAUCUCCAGGGUAAUUACAUAGACGAAGAAGUGGAACAGCUAAUCCAAGUGGCUCUUCUGUGCACUCAAGGCUCCCCAAUGGAACGGCCUAAGAUGUCUGAAGUGGUCAGGAUGCUGGAGGGCGAUGGCUUGGCUGAAAGAUGGGAAGAGUGGCAGAAAGAGGAAAUGUUCCGCCAAGAGUUUAACCAUAUGCACCACCCAAAUGCUAAUUGGAUUAUUGCAGACUCCACUUCUCACAUCCCUCCAGAUGAAUUGUCUGGUCCCAGAUGACCCACUUCUGCAAAUACAAGUCUUCAGGCAACUGGUUUUUUGUAUGUUAGAGUCGCAGCAGCAUUGUUCACAUUUGUGCAUAUAGUUUUCUCGCUCUCUCUCUCUCUCUCUUUCUCUCUCUCAUUUUGGGGGCCCAUUUAUCCUGUCGUGUAAUUUAUAAUUACAUGUUGUAUGAUGGACUUGUUUGCUGUAAUUUUUAUAGGGUUGGGAAACUGCAAUCAAGAAAUAUUAGGUGCUAGAAAAAAGAACCACGCCAAGAAGGGCGAUAGACGCACCCAUGUUAUUUUCAGGUACUAAAACGUUAGUGAAGACUGUUACACGAAUAAAUACAUAAAUCGUUUACCGCAGCUAUUUUCUAUU